CAUAAAACAGAAAGUGAAACGGUUCGUACGGAGUUUUGCAGUAACUUGCCUGCUUGGGUGUUCUCCUAAAAUGGGAAAGAUUUACCAGAUCAUAGUGGUUGGGAUAAAGGGGGAGAAGAAAACGGUCGACGUUGCGACAUCAGAGGAAGACUUCAACAAAACAACAAUUUUGCAAUUCAAAAAAAAAGUUGCAGAAAAAUUGCCCGGGCAAGCAGGGGAUGAUCCGUCGUCCCUGAGGCUGCUGUACACAGAUAAACAGCUAGAAGACGAUGAUACGUUUUUAGAGCACCAAAUUAAGGAUCGCUCCACUCUCUUCAUGGUCUUGCGUCUUCCCGGAGGUUUCCAGACGAGCUAAGAACCGAGUCCCUGAAGAAGAAUGAAGUCCACCUGAAGAAUCGCGUCGGCAGGACAACAUUUAAACACAGAGACACUUCUGCAUCUAUUGACUAAUGAAUCAAUUUGUUGUUAGCGAGCCUAUGUAUAGGCCUGUUAUAGCCUAAGUGUGGGAUGUUGUUAAUGGGGUCACUGAUCUGUCACCUCGGGACGGGAUGAUCAGAGAAACCAAUCUAAGGAAUUUUAUCUGUAAAGAAAAUAAUCUUUGAUUUUAAGAGUUAUGACUCGGAUUGUUACUUCCUUGACAAAUUAGACUAUUUUAUUAUUUA